AGUAAUUUUUUCGUGUUUUUCAUGGUGGUAUUGCAGUAUGGUUACUCUUGUUUUUAUUGGAGGCGAACAGUAAAACAGUGUUUACUAACCUAUCGUUAGUGAACAUACUUUGGCUGACUCGUCAGCCAGUUGAUCUCGGACCAAAACAAACUCAAAGGAGGAAAAAAAAAAGCAUUUGACUGAGGCGUCUGACUUCCACACUGCUGUUUUCCAAAUGUCGCGGCGAUUAAACAAGAGUAUGGGGAUGUGCUUACCGUGCCUUGGUGGAGCAGCGGACGACGUUGUGGUCACUCCAGAUCCUGAGACCAGGAGACAACAGUUAGCUGAAGCCGCCGAAAAGAGGCAAAAAGAGACGGCAUACAGGGGUGUUAAAAAUCCAGAAGCAGUCGAAAGGAAAAGGAAAAAACAGGAAGAAGCUGAGAAACAAGCGAUGAGCACCUCUGUGUCAGGUGGUGGUGGCGGGCUGAAGUGGCAGGUGGGCUGAAAAUCCUGAUGGUAAAGUCUGAACUCGGAUGUCUAAAUAUAUAAAGUAUUGCUGCAAGAUGACUUGAAAGAUGUUGGAACUGCUGUCCGUUUUUACUUCUUUUUUUUUUUUCUUUUCUUUUUUUUCUUUUCUUUGCUUGUUAUUUAUCUGUGUCAUGUUAUGAGUCUACAGCUGUCAGGUGCAAAACAAUCAGUUAAGUUAUUACACACAAAACACAGCAGAAUUUGCCAAGUUAUACAAACCAGUUUGUACCUCUGGACGAGUCAGGGGUGACACAGUAAUGUGCAAGCAAACACAAUUAUGUGAGAUUUGUGUGAAGAUUGAUUAGAUACAGUGUUGCAGUACAGUGACUCCCAUUAGGUAACAUGGAAGAACAUCACUAUAAUAUGCAGUUGUACAUUAAGACAGAGCUUCCCUCACUGUGUUUGGUUUUCCUAGUCAGAGUAUUCCACGUAUAUCCAUUAACGGUUACAUCGCCUUUCUGUUUCUCACUUGGCACCUUUUUAGCAUGAACUCACUUUGUGAUGGGCUCUGUUAUUUGGCAACUCAAAGACUAGUGCAAACAGUGCUAACUUGACUAAUUUUACCCAACUCAUAAUGUGCUCUUUGCUCAUCACCGAGGCGAGUCAGUGACACAGACCACAUUGGGGUAAUUAUUUAUUUUGUGUGUUUGUAUUGGGGGAAAAAAUGGGUGUUUUUGUGCUGAGAAUGUAGGUGGACUUUAUGUGGCGCAUCUAAUGCGGCGAUUCCUUGGUAAGCACAAACUUUAUACUUGACAAAAACUGCAGCAGCUAAUAAAUACUGCUGAAUAAUGUAGAGCAACUGUAGAGCACUCUCCAGCCAGUAAGAAUGAAAGGAUGUGUAAUAAAAGCCUUUUUGCAUAUGCCCUAGUUCUUCACACUAGUCUUUGCCCUACUUUAAUAGAGCCCUUUUUUUUAAUUACUUUGUUUAUCAUGCACAGUUUUUGAGUUUGUUGCAUUGAAUUGUAGUGUAUGCAAACACAGAUGGAAUGGCUGCUUAAUCUAAAUGAGAAAUUUGUUUGUGAAUUGCCAUACUACAACUGAAGCUUUUGUUACACACUUAUUUGCACACCGUCAGCCAAUAUGCUCACUUUCGUUUGAAGGUUCAAGUCCACUACAAUGGAAACAAGACUGAAGGAAGAUGAAGGAGAAAACAGAUGUUUUGAGAUAUUUUCUUUGACUUGCUUGGCUGAGUGCGUUUCUUACAGCCUUCCUUAAAUGCUUCUGGUGCUCUUGCCAUUUUGUAGAAGAAAUCUAGCCAAUGUUAUUUGCUACAAUAAAUCACAU